ACGACGACGCCUGCUCAGCGUCGCCCUUCCCACUCCCCCAACCCCUCGACUUCGACAGUCAGCUCUUCUUUUGGAGCACCCUCAACAUGACGAAGAACCAGCCUACGCUCCGUAAGACGGUGUCCACCGCCGACCUCUACGCCGAUCCACCUCCGCUACCACGCCACGCCAGCCUGUCGCGCACGUUGACGAGGCUACAGCAGCGCCCUCGAGGCAUUUCGCGAGGGAAUCCGUUCAUGCAGCCCCAAGCUACCGUCUCUCAGACGUCCUUACGCUUCCACAACACGGAUGCUCGUGACUCGGCAGAAGAUGCCGGCCGCCGCAAUGCCCCCACUUUCCACGAGAGCCACAGACACAGCGUUGCAGCUCCGUACUUCUCGAACCUGAUCGACUUCGACGAUGACUUUGGCGCACCAAAAGAACAGCAGAGCCCUCCGCCUGUCCCUCCAAAGAUCCCCGAGAUACCAACGUUCGAGCCGAAAGUAGAGCCCACGAGGGAGAAGGAAGGACCGGAGAAAUACACGAAGCCCUUUACGGACUUUAUGACCGCGAACCCGACCGUCUUCCACGCUGUAGAUGCAGUGGCCAAAGAUCUCGAGAAGAGUGGGUAUAAGAAGCUGUCUGAGCGCGAUUCGUGGGACUUGAAGCAGGGUGGGAAAUACUACGUCGAGCGCAAUGGGUCGUCGCUUAUCGCGUUCGCGGUCGGGGAGGGAUAUGAGGCGGGAAAUGGCGCGGCAGUUGUGGCAGGCCACAUUGAUGCUUUGACUGCCAAGCUGAAGCCGAUUCCUAAGCUGCGGACGAAAGCUGGAUUCGUGCAGCUGGGUGUUGCACCGUAUGCUGGUGCGCUGAAUGACACUUGGUGGGAUCGCGAUCUAGGCAUAGGAGGAAGGGUCCUGGUCAAAGAACAUGGCAAGAUUGUGACCAAGCUUGUUAAGCUGGAUUGGCCCAUUGCACGGAUUCCGACGCUGGCGCCUCAUUUUGGAGCUGCCGCAAUGGGACCAUUCAAUAAGGAGACGCAGAUGGUGCCCAUCAUUGGGUUGGAUAACUCGGAUAUGGGAAGCUUUUCUGGCAAGGAAGAGGCGGGGGAGUGGAAGGGCAGUGUGCUAGGUGGCGAGGGCACGUUCGCAGCGACGCAGCCCGAGAGGCUCGUCAAGGCCAUCUCAGAGGAGCUGAGCAUCCGUGAUUACUCAAGUAUCGUGAACUGGGAGCUGGAGCUCUUCGAUAUUCAGCCUGCUCAGCUUGGUGGCCUCUCCAAGGAGUUCAUCUUUGCCGGCCGCAUCGACGAUAAACUCUGCUCGUGGGCGGCCAUCCAAGCCUUGCUCAACACGUCAACCUCUGGCUCCUCGCAACUUAAAAUCGUCGCCCUGUUCGACGAUGAAGAGGUCGGCUCGCUGCUCCGGCAAGGCGCUCGUGGCAAUUUCCUUCCUGCCGUGAUCGAACGCAUCGUAGACGAGUUCGCCGACAAGGGCGUCAGGAGCCUGAUUUCCCGCACAUACGCGAACAGUUUCCUCGUCAGCAGCGACGUGAUUCACGCCGUAAACCCCAACUUCCUAAAUGCAUACCUCGAGAACCAUGCACCCCACUUGAACAUCGGACCCGCGGUCUCUGCAGACUCGAAUGCACACAUGACCACCGAUUCAGUCUCUACGGCAGUCUUCCAGCACUGCGUAGACAGGGAUAUGGGCGUCAGGAAACAGGAUCCCAAGCUACAGGUCUUCCAGAUCCGUAACGAUAGCAGGAGUGGAGGAACAGUGGGACCCAUGUUGAGCGCGGCUACGGGUAUCAGGGCUAUCGACUGCGGUAUUCCGCAGCUCUCGAUGCACUCUAUCCGGGCGACGACGGGAUCGCUAGAUCCUGGCCUAGGUGUGUUUGCGUUCCAGAGCUUUUUGGAGAACUUUGAGAGUGUCGAUGCGGAGUUUAAGGCUUGAGGAUGAGAGAGUAAGUGCUAGGUGGGAUGGGGUGGCGCGUGUACGAGUACGGUUUGGCACACCGGGGAGGGGGGUAUGCAUAUUUGGGAGUAUAGUUUAGACGUGGAAGAGCAGUGG